AUGAUAAGCUCAAGACAUAAUAAUAUCCAAAUCGCACCCACACUAGGAGGCGACAACCCAAUGCCAGUAUCGUCCCCGGCCAGUGUAUUCCUCAAGGAAGAAGUAUACCGACUCGGAGCAUUACCAGGCCUGAGAUCCCUGCCUCCAGGCCCAGAGCGCGACUUUCUCACCCUAUCAUGGGGACCUAUCGUCUACCGCACCUCGUACGCCCCCGAAACCAAACGUCUCCUCUCCGUAUUCAUGCGCUACCUCAACGAUUCCGUGAGCCGGGCGUUGCGCCGGACGUUGCCAGGCUCCGACGAUGAAAUCCAAAUCCUCAAAAACACAUAUUCUGCCAAGAUUUUCAACUCGCUUGAUAUGUACGCCAAUAUGGACGUGGAAACGGUCCGGCAAGUAUUUCAUGAUUUCAAGGUGUCGCUUGGGAUACCUGAAACAGAGCUCCCGAGCAGACUGCGCAUAUGCUUGAUGCUAGACGAUGAAGCCUUAUCGCACUUGAAACAGGUUUUAGAUCUUUCCUCGAUGGUUGAGAGGGAUGCAAAUGUGGGUGGAUGCUGGGUGAAGGUUGUUGAGGAGAAUUUCCCAGACUCGAGGAUCGGUGACCAUCCGCUUGCGAACCCCGAUAUGGAAUAUGUAUCUUAUACUGUUAGAGAACAUCGUGGGAGUUAUCAUGGGUGGACGAUGGUGGCACUCGAUGCAUUAGUGGAGGUCUUUGAUGGGCUUCGGCAAAUGAAAUGCUUGGUUGAGUAUCAUCGUGAGGGACAGGUAUACUUGGGAGAGGGCAAAUGGAGCCUUUAG